GCCCACGAUUGUGAGCAUCGUUCUGAUGGGAGGAGGGGAGAGGAGAGACUGAGACAGAGCUGUACCACACACCGAGCGUCCGCCGAAUGUUUGCUUCUCCCCGCUGCCAAUGCAUACCCCUCACAUUCCUAUGUCUGCCAGUUGACGCUCUGAACUCGAAGGACCAGGCUUCCACCCCUGCGAGGACUCAGGAGACCUAAAGCGGGCUGCUUGUUUUUUCAGGAGCACCUGACAUUUCCUGUGGCAGAUUUACUCACUGGAUCAUGGCACAGACCAACAGCAGCGGGCAGGGGACCAACGGGGUGGCGGAUGAAUCCCCCAACAUGAUAGUGUACAGAAAGAUGGAGGAGUUAAUAGCGCGCAUGCAGGAUGAGAAAAAUGGCAUCCCCAUACGAACAGUGAAAAGUUUUCUAACCAAGAUCCCCAGUGUUUUUUCAGGUUCUGAUAUUGUUCAGUGGCUCACGAAGAACCUGGACAUUGAAGAUCAAGUGGAGGCGCUUCACUUAGGAACACUGAUGGCUGCACAUGGUUACUUCUUCCCCAUUUCAGACCAUGUCCUCAUGCUCAAAGAUGAUGGCACUUUCUAUAGGUUUCAGACUCCAUACUUUUGGCCAUCAAACUGUUGGGAACCUGAAAACACAGAUUAUGCCGUUUACCUCUGCAAAAGAACAAUGCAAAACAAAGCACGUCUGGAGCUUGCAGACUAUGAAGCUGAGAGCUUAGCAAGGCUACAGAGAGCUUUCGCCAGGAAAUGGGAGUUCAUCUUUAUGCAAGCAGAAGCACAAGCGAAAGUCGACAAGAAAAGAGACAAGAUUGAAAGGAAGAUUCUCGACAGUCAGGAAAGAGCAUUCUGGGACGUACACAGACCAGUGCCUGGAUGUGUGAAUACAACAGAAGUCGACAUAAAGAAGUCGUCCAGAAUGAAAAAUCCACACAAAACGAGAAAGUCUGUGUACGGGCUGCAGAAUGAUAUCCGCACCCACAGCCCGACCCACACCCCCGCUCCAGAGGCAAAGCAGCCCACAGAAGAAGAACUGCAGGAACAGAUCACCUUUUGGCAAUUACAAUUAGACAGACAUCGACUGAAAAUGUCCAAAGUGGCAGAGAGUUUGCUGGGUUACACAGAGCAGUAUGUUGAAUACGACCCCUUCCUCACACCCCCGGACCCCUCAAAUCCCUGGAUCACAGAUGACACCACAGUCUGGGAGCUGGAAGCCAGUAAGGAACCAGGCCAGCAGCGGGUAAAGAGGUGGGCUUUUGGCAUCGAUGAGGUCCUCAAGGAUCCUGUGGGGAGAGAGCAGUUCCUCAAGUUCCUCGAGUCUGAAUUCAGCUCAGAGAACCUCAGGUUCUGGCUUGCAGUCCAAGAACUAAAGAAGCGCCCCAUCAGAGAAGUUCCCAGUCGUGUUCAGGAAAUCUGGCAGGAGUUUUUGGCUCCUGGAGCGCCCAGCGCCAUCAACGUGGACUCCAAGAGCUACGACAAAACCACCCAGAAUGUCAAAGAUCCUGGACGCUACGCCUUUGAGGACGCACAGGAACACAUCUACAAACUGAUGAAGAGUGAUUCCUACAGCCGUUUUAUUCGUUCCAGUGCCUACCAGGAGUUAUUACAGGCCAAAAAGAAGAAAAGCAAGAAUUUGUUCUGAAGGGUCUUGCUCCCAGGAGAGACCACAGGCAGACAAGGAAUUGAAAAGCUGUGUGCCAUCAUGCUAAAAUCAAUGGCUUCCCUCUCUCUCUGGGACGUGAAGAAAGGGACCAUCUCAUCUCUUCAUCAUCACUGUCCAUCAUCUGCUCUUGGCUCUGCCAGAUGAAGAGCCAAGCCGCCUGUUCGUCUGUUGUCCACAGGAUGUUGCAUGUCCACAGAGAGGAUGUUUCUGCUCCUCUCUCCUCUUUCAGUGCAAAUAUUAUUCCAAUAUUCUCAGAUAAAAAGCCCUGCUGGACUUGUGAGGACAGAACAAAGAAAAAAAAAGGCAAAGGAACAACAUCAAAUCCAGUGAUCCAGUUCUUUCCACCAUAACUGCUCGAUUGGAGCCUUUUCUCUCACUUCCAGUCGAAACACAUGAUGUCAGAGAGAAAUAAGAAAACAUAGCAGAACAUAAAAUGACAGCAUAAACUGAAAAACCUAACCAGUGACGUUGCUUUACAUGAGGUUACAGAUUAUUUGUCACGCUAUGGGAAGUGUUGUGCAGAAUGAAUAUACAAAAUAUAUAUAUAAUAUAUAUAUAUAUAUUAUGAUUCUGAUAAUUUAUUGUGCAUUUAGUUUGCUUUUCAUUAUUUAAUUGCACUAAAAUAACUAGCACAUAUGGUUGUCAUUGCACCUGUAAAGUCUGAUUCAAAUUAACAAAACUAAACAACAGCUGUCUCUUGUCUUAUGUAGAGCAUAAUUCUUUGUUAUUCUCUCCUCCAUUUAUUUUUAUACCAUAUUUAAAUACACUUUUACUUACUUGUAUUAUUAAAGUUGACCCUCUAUCUGUU